AUGCGAGCUGGACAGACCCCCUCUCUCAUCGUGCAGCACCACAUGAACCGCCUCAUACCCCGCCGGCCGCUUCUCAAGCAGAUAUCUGGGUUUCAAGCUGCUUCGCUCGUGACGACUCGCGCCAUGCAUAUCCAGUCGAUCCCCAUGUGGGUGGGGAGCAGCAACAACUACGCGUACCUGGUUGUCGACGACAAGUCCAAGGAUGCCGUCAUCAUCGAUCCGGCGAACCCGCCAGAAGUCGCGCCGGUCCUUAAGGACGCGAUCCAGGCCGGCAAGAUCAACCUGACGGCCAUUGUCAACACGCACCACCAUUGGGACCACGCCGGCGGAAAUAAGAAGCUGCUGGCCGAGCUGGGCACACCCAAUCUCGACAUCAUUGGCGGCAAGGACUGCGAGGGCGUGACGAGGACGCCCAAGCACGGCGAGACGUUCAAGCUCGGCGGGAUCUCGGUGCAGCCGGUGCACACGCCGUGCCACACGCAGGACAGCAUCUGCUUCUUUAUGGAGGAUGACACGGGCAAGGCCGUCUUCACGGGCGACACGCUCUUUGUCAGCGGCUGCGGCAAGUUCUUCGAGGGCUCCGCCGCCGAGAUGCACGAGGCGCUGAACAAGCGUCUCGGUGCGCUUCCGGAUGACACGGUCGUAUAUCCGGGCCACGAGUACACAAAGUCCAACGUCAAGUUUGCCAUCUCCGUCGACCAGGGCGAGGCGGUGAAGAAGCUGCACGACUUUGCCGAGAACAACAAGGAGACGACGGGCAAGUUUACCAUUGGCGACGAAAAGAAGCAUAAUCUGUUUAUGCGCGUUGAGGACCCUCAGAUGCAGAAGGCGACGGGCGCGACGGACCCGGUGGACGUCAUGGGCAAGCUGCGGGAGAUGAAGAACAACUUCAAGUGA